UACUGAUAACUUUACCGUUUUGUCUGCGCUGCGAUCCGCUGCCGUCACACUCUCGGGGUGGGGUUUCUAGUUUAGCUGCGCGGAGAAAAGCGACUGUCUGGUAGAGUGAUGUCACAUAACGAAUAGACGAGAGACCGAACCAGUGACUGAUUGUAAUAGCUGGGGAAAGCGCACCUGUUGAAUAACAGGCUCACAACCAUAUUCCCGUUUUCCGUAUUUCUUCGAAGCUUUUGGCUGCGUUUUAAAAGUUCAGAAUGACGGAUACAAUACUUACCAACGGAAUCAAGGACCGAGCGGGUCAGAAUGGAUAUUUUAAAAAGGGAUGUAACCCACUAGCCCUGACGGGCCGCUCCAAGCUGCAGAAUGAGAGAGCCAGUCUCAACCAACAAAUCAUCAGACAGAUGAGGAUGAGAGCUGGGGCAGAGAACUUACUAAGGGCGACCUCCAACAACAAAGUGUGUGAUAUGGUCCUUCUGGAGCUGAGCUAUAUCAACUCUAACCUGCAGCUGCUCAUGGAACAACUGGAGGGGCUCAACAGCUCCGUGGAGGUCUACCAGAACAUCCAAGAGACCUCCAGCAUCCCUCUCAUCCACAGCUGUCUGCUCCGUUCUGGUGUGUUUUUCCAGGACUUCAUCCUGGAGCAUUACAGUGAAGAUGGCUCCAGCUUCGAGGAGGAGAUCGCCGACCUGAUGGACCUGAGACAGGCCUGUCGUACCCCCAGUCGCAAUGACGCCGGCAUCGAGACCCUGGCCAAGUACUUCAGCCACAUACCUCUACUGGAGAGCCGCUUCUUCUCCGCUACCCGCCAGAUGGGCAUCUUCUUUACUUGGUAUGACUCGUUCACAGGUGUUCCAGUGUGCCAGCAGAACGUCUCUCUGGAGAAGGCCAGUAUUCUGUUCAACAUCGGCGCCCUCUACACCCAGAUCGGCACGCGCUGCAACCGCCAGACGGGCUCCGGCCUCCAGGAUGCCAUCACAGCCUUCCAGAAAGCUGCAGGAGUCCUCCACCACCUGAAGGAGACGUUCACCCACACCCCCAGCUAUGACAUGAGUCCCUCCAUGCUCAGUAUGCUCAUCAAGAUGAUGCUGGCCCAAGCUCAGGAGUGUCUGUUUGAGAAGAUCGCUCUGUCUGGCAUCCGCAAUGAGUUCUUCUACUCUCCCCUCAAGAUGGCCCCCGAGGCUGCCAAGGUAGGAGACACCUAUGACCAGGUUCACCAGUCUAUGAGCCAGACCCCCAUCAAGGACAACGUCCCGUUCUUCUGGUCCACCAUGGCUCAGGUCAAGACCCACCACUACCGUUCACUGGCACACUACUUCCUGGCUACUGCGCUAUUGGACCACCAGCUGAGGCCCAGUGAUGACGAGGACCAACAGGAGAAGGCUCUGUCCCAGGCGUAUGAUGCCAUGCCAGAUGGCCGCUCCCCACUCGACAUCCUCAGGAAGAUAGAGGAGAGACGACAAAUCGGUAAGGCCCACCUGCGGCGGGCUGUGAUAGGUCAUGAGGAGGGUCUGAGGAUCCAUGACUGUCGUCACCUCAGGAAGCUGGAUGUGCUCCAGGCCAUCCUCCAGGCCAGUCACAACCGUUCCCUGGCCAAGUUCAAUGACAACAACCGAGAGACGAGUUCACAGACUACCUGGAGGCUCAGACAUCAUCUGUGAGUCAAUCAAUCAAUCAAAUGUAUUUGUGAAGCUCCAGACAUCAUCUCUAAAACGGAGCACAAGGCAGAGAUGGAAACGCCCAUGGCCACAAAGGUGAAAGUCACAGACUUUUUCCGAAGGCUGGGUCCUCUGUCAGUGUUCUCUGCUAAGCAACGGUGGACAGCUCCUCGUACCGUCAGGCUGAGACUGGAGGACAGAGACCUGGGCUUCACCCUGAGAGGAGACCCAGUACCUGUACAGGUUACCUCCCUGGACCCACUCUGCCCUGCCGCUGUUGACGGGCUGAAAGAGGGGGACUACAUUGUUGCCGUGGGAGACGCGGACUGUAAGUGGAUGGUAGUGAGCGAUGUGAUGCGGCUGUUGAAGGAUGUGGACGAGGACGGGAUCGACAUCCGCGUUGUUAGCUUGAUGGACAGCGCCCUGCCCAUGCCCACUAAGAGUGCCACGUACUGCGGAGGUAUAUCUAAGACCUACUCCAUGAUCUGCCUGGCAUUCGACGAUGACAAGAGCCCCAAGGGCCGCAAGGUGACCAAGAAGGGCUCCUUCCUGUCCUGGGGCGUGAAGAACCAUCUGAAGAGCUCCAGCACCCUGAGCCUCCCUACAGCAGACUACUCUGGAACACUGCCUUGGAACAAACCCUGUCCCACCUUCCCUUCCUCCAGCCCCUACAACGACUCCGCUCUUUACUAGAGAAGGAAACCCACUGGACUGUACAGACACUCUACUGGGUUAGAGAAUACUGUGUGAAGCUCUCAAAUGGCACCCUAUUCUCCAUAUAGUGCACUACUUUGGAGGUCUAUGGGCUCUGGUCUAAAGUAGUGCACUCUAUAGGGAAUAGGGUGCCAUAGGGCUCUGGUCUAAAGUAGUGCAC